AUGAAGUUCUUGACUCUCGCCACUGUGCUGUCGGUAGCCAUCUCCGAUGUUAGUGCACACUACAUCUUCCAGCAACUGGGCGUUGGCUCCACAAAGUUUGGUGUUUUCGAGCACAUUCGUAAGAACACCAACUACAACUCCCCUGUGACGGAUCUCACAUCCAAGGAUCUGAGAUGCAAUGAGGGCGGUGCCAGCGGCGCUCAGACGACUGUGACCCAGGUCAAGCCUGGUGACACCUUCUCUUUCACCUUGGACACGGCAGUCUACCACCAGGGCCCGAUCUCUCUUUUCCUUUCCAAGGCACCCUCUCAUGUUCAGGACUACGACGGGUCCGGGAAAUGGGCCAAGUUCAAGGACUUCGGGCCGACCUUCUCAAAUGGCCAGGCCACAUGGCCCAUGUCGCAAAUCUACUCGCACAAGAUCCCGACUUGCCUUCCCAACGGAGAGUACCUCCUGCGCAUCCAAUCCCUCGCCAUCCAUAACCCGUACCCGGCCGGCAUUCCGCAGUUCUACAUCUCUUGCGCGCAGAUCAACGUGACAGGCAGCUCCGCGUCUGCCAGCUCCUUCGCGCCGACCCUGGAUAUCCCCGGUGCUUUCAAGGAGACGGACCCAGGAUACACCGCAAACAUCUACAACGGCCUCACCUCUUACACCGUUCCGGGCGGCAAGGAGUCCAUCAUGGGUUCCUUCAUCUUGCUCCUAGCAGCCUUUGCGGCUUUCUGCGAUCUAGCCGCAGCCCACUACCGCUUCACCAGUCUCGUAGUAGGAGGCGUCAACACAGGCGAAUACGUCCACGUGCGCAGGAACACAAACCACAACAGCCCCGUCACCGACGUCUCGAGCAAGGACAUCGUCUGCAACGCCGGCGGUCUGUCGUCGGGCCCCCAGACGCAGAUCGCCACCGUCUCCGCGGGCGCGACCGUCGGCUUCGUCAUGGACCAGUCCAUCUACCACGACGGUCCCGUCAUCGUAUGGCUUUCGCCGGCGGGGUCGACCAACGUGACUACGUAUGAUGGCAGCGGGCAAUGGGCCAAGAUCUGGGAACUCGGCGCGCAGACGGGGAAUGGCCAGAUCAAGUUCCCGGCGUCGAACCAGGCCGCGUUCAACUUUCAGAUCCCCUCGUGCACUCCCCCUGGGGACUAUCUCCUCCGUAUCGAACAGAUCGGUCUGCACUCGGCCAGUACCAAGGGCGGAGCCCAGUUCUACAUCUCGUGCGCCCAGAUCAGGGUCACCGGAUCAGGCAGAGGCUCGUUCUCUCCGACUGUUAGGUUUCCGGGUGCUUACACGGGCAAUGAGCCUGGCAUUCUGAUCAACAUAUACUAUCCUGUGCCGACUACCUACAUCAUCCCAGGGGGUGCCGUGGCAAAAUGCUGA